AUUUUCAGGUUAUGUUUCAUUUGAAUCAAAGUCAAAAAGAAAACAUCGUAGAUUUUAGUGUAAAGUUGAUGUAAAAUUGUGCGAGAAUGUCGUAUAUAAAACAUACUGAAAAAGCGUUGAAUAUUCUACGUGGUUUGCCACGAGUAUCGUUGGGAAAUCUGCGCGAUAAUCCAGGAGCGCAUAAAGACAACAGGAGAGGACGAGGUCAACACGGCGGAGACAAGCACGGUGCUGGUAACAAAGGUUCUGGUCAACGACAAAAUUACAUGCGUCUUGGAUAUGAAACCGGGAACUUCCCAUUCUAUCGACGAUUUCCAUUGGAACCAUACUACAAGGGCCACCACUUACGACGUGAAUACAUCCCGAUUACAAUGGAUCAAUUGCAAAUGAUGAUCGACACGAAUCGUUUAGACGCAUCGAAACCAAUUGACCUGGUCCAAAUGUGUAACACCGGCUUGUUUAAACUACAACCGGACAGUCGACAGUAUGGAUUUGCAUUGAAGGACGAUGGUAUUGAGAAAUUCACAGCAAAAGUGCAUCUCGAGGUGCAGCAUGCAAGUGAACUGGUUAUUUCACACAUUGAAAAAUUGGGUGGCGUCAUUCGAACCGCUUACUUCGAUAUGUACGCACUCAUGGCAAUGAAAAAUCCAAAGUUAUUCUUCGAAAAGGGCGUACCAAUUCCAGAACGAAUGAUUCCACCACAAGAUGCCAUUGAAUACUAUACCGAUCCACAGACACGCGGCUACUUGGCCGAUCCAGAAGCCAUCAGUCGCGAACGUUUGGUGUUGGCCCAAAAGUACGGCUAUGAACUGCCGAAAAUCGAAGAUGACCCACAGUACGAAAUGUUCUGCGAAGCGAAAGAUCCACGACAAAUUUUUUUCGGAUUAGAACCAGGAUGGGUGGUCAACUUACCCGAUCAAACAAUCAUCAAACCAAUUUCAGAGAGUCAAAGUCAACAGCAAAAAGAAAUAAAAGCCGAAGCCAACGCUUAAAUAUGUGUUUACUUUAAGCAUUUUUGACUUGUUUAUAGCCUUUUUGUGUAAUAAAAUAUAUUGUUAAUUUUAGCAAA